AUGCCAACCGUCAAAGAAAUAAUCGAUAGGCUUCAAGAAUUACUCAAUCUAGGGUUUAAUCCAACCAAUGAGGUCAUACUUGACAUAUUGCAGCUUUUCGAGAACAGGUUGAAUCAUAUUGGUGAAAGAAUUAUCCAUUCCUUCAUUUCAAUCCGUAGAAAUGAAACUCAUGAUGAAUUUUACAGAAAAAUCGUCGGAGAAGCUAUUAAAUCAGAAAGGAAUUUAAAGAAGACUGAAGUAUUGAACUUUUUGGAUAAAAUGAUUGGAAAUAAGAGUAAAUUCAUUUUCAUGGAUGCGAUGCUACUAUUUAGAGAAAAAAGUUCAUUUCGUUCUAUUGGCGGAACAAAAAUCAUUAAUAGUGUUCAACCCAAUUCUAAAAUUAAUUUUCAUUAUUAUAAACCAUUAUUAUUUAAUCUCACUUUUUAUAAUUGGAUUCUCGUUAAAUUUACCGAAAAUUCGGAAAUUGCAAAUUUGGCAUUUAACGAUAUUUUAGAAACUAGAAUAAGUCUUGACAUUUGUCAGAAUACAAAAGAAUUCUCUUCUUGCAAAUUCAUUGGUGCUAAAUUCACUGAAAUAUGCAAUAUUUUUAAAGUUUAUUGCAAUAUCAAGAAUUUCUUUAUAGUAUCACACCUUGAGCUUCUUAAAAAAGUUUCUCAUGAAGACAUUCUUCGCCCUUUAUUUGAGUUCUAUUUACUCGAUAUUUUUGAUCUUCCUACCACUUUUAAGAUGCCAAUGCAAAUUGCAGAUGAUGAUAAUAUUUAUGUUAAAUUUAAAAGAAAAAGGAAAAAGCGAAUAAUGAUAAAGGAGCAAAAAUUAGAAUGGCUUAUUGCUAUUGAAAAUCUUCAUAAGGAAAUUGUAAAGAAGGGUAAUUCUAUCACUGAAACGAUGUCAACUAAAUUUAGAAAUUAUAUAGAAGAUCUUUAUGAUAUACUUGAAAACGAAGGAUUUUUUGAAGAAUUACAAACGGAAUUGGAAAUGAAAAAUUCCUUAAAUAUUUUCAAAAAAAUAAAGUUGUGA